AUGAUGGAACCAAUUCGUCCCCCACAGAAUAUCGCCAUUAUCGGUGCUGGCAUCGCUGGCAUCGCUUGUGCAUUGGCCAUUUCCCGGGAGCUUUCUCCGUUCGUGCCAGAUCUGAAAAUUAAAGUCUACGAACGACACGAUGUACUCUCGACUUCUGGCGGUGCUAUCAAUUUGACUCCCGUUGCCCAAAGACAUCUGGCUCAGCUAGGAGUCCUCAAUGAGUUGGAUCGUAUGGGUCCCGAGGGUGGUGCCGAUGUCGAUGCCAUUGAACUGUUCUCCAUGCGUUCGGGCCGCGGGAUCGGAUCCAUCAACUUCACAGACAACCAAGGAAGAGGAUUCGGCGGAUAUAAGGGCCGAAGAGUGAUGCGGAUUGCCCUCUCCGUCGCCAUGUUGACCGUGGCCGAGCGAACUCGCAAUGUGGAGAUUGUCUUCGGCAAGAAGGUUAUCGGUGGCGAGGAAUUCGCGGAUAGAGCCGUGGUACGAUUCCAGGACGGUACUGAGGCAGUGGGUGACUUGGUCAUUGGCUGUGAUGGAGUCCACUCCGCCGUCCGAACCAAGUUUGUGGACGUCAACCGGCCGGCCGAGUACACGGGCUUGUCGUUUUUGCAGGCUACCAUUGAUACGGAUUCACUCUCAUCACUCCCUCACUUCCGCACAUCAUCACUCAAUAUCUCGCGUCAUGGAUCAAUGCUCGCGAGCUACUGUGACCGUGAUCGCGAACAGAUCUUCGCUGCUGCUAUCGUCCAAUUUAGUCGCGAGGCGUUGAGCCUCUACCGACUUGAGCCUGGUCAGGAUUGGGCCACUCAGAACAAAAUUCGCUGUGCCCUCCGUGAGGAGAUCAGAGACCGCUUCCGCAAGUGUGCUAUUCCUUGUAUCAAAGAGAUGAUCGAGAGUAAAGCGGACUGGAUGCUUUAUCCCGUAUACCAAGUCCCCCCUGGAGGGCGUUGGUGCCUGAAUCGAGUUAUUCUUCUUGGCGAUGCAGCACACGCGAUGCCCCCGCGUGACGAGUCCGCCGCGUACGCACUAGACGAUGCAAUCCUGUUCUCUCGAAUUCUAGCAAGCUAUCGCUCAGAGCCUCUAACAGAGGUGUUUGACGCAUACGAGACUCUCCGUCGUGAAACAAUCAACCGUGCAUUCAAAGAGUCCCGUCGUAUGUGGGAAAGGAAUCGCGAUAUGGGAUUGCUGGAGGGCAGACUUAAGGAGUGGAUGAUGACUUUCCAUCUCAAAACCAACGAACACGCACGCGAGGCAGCCUGGGAGUUUGACGCCACUAAAAUUGCACUCCCCACGCCGGCGCCCAAAGGCUGGACGCAUGACCGGCUCCUCAACGCCAGCGGAGAAGACCUUAUGGCCCUCUCAGACACUCAGCGCACAAUUCUCUUCGAUGGUCUGAAAAUCACCCAUGGAGAAGAUAGCUUCCGCCAAAUAAUGCAGGAAAUGGAUCGUCGCUACCUGGCCCAAGUUGAAAGUUCUAAGUCAGAGGAACCCAAGCAGCAAGAGCGCGAGCCCCUCGCACCUUUUGUCGAUACCCUGAAUUCUCUCUUCCAAGGCACAGAGACUGACUGGGGGAAAUGGGGCCGGUGGGAUGCCGUGAUCGAGGAGGGUUUGGCACCGUAUCGAGGCUUUAUCUCGAAAGUUGACCGAGCGAUCAAUUUAUUGGAGUUUCAGUGGGUGGAACAGCCUGAAUUAGAGGGCGUAGAUGCAGCGCAUGUGGCUAGACGCUUCAAUGAAAAGGCAUUAUCACGGGGAUUCGCCACUUCCGCUUGUCUGAUGGUGACACCAGAUUCUCUAGAGUCUGUUCUCUCCUGGCCAUGUCUUUCUUCCGUCCGCCAUGAGCGCCAGGGGAUUCCUUUUGUUGUUUCGGUAUCCCGGAGAGCGAGUGCCCCGCGUCUUCCUUUAGGCCUAGGUGAUGAGGAUGUAGCCGGUGCUGGAUUUAAAGGGUAUCUUAAUGUCGCCGUGGAGAGUAUCGUGGAAGAGUUUAAUCCUAUUGUCGCCUUGCAGAUGAUGAAUUUGCAUACACUGACAGUAAAAUUCCGUCAUGAUAAUGAUAUCUGGUGUUCUAGUGAUCGGUAG